ACAUCUUGUAAUCAUCAAACAGUGUCGACCUCUAAUCUUCUAAGAACAUGUUGUAAUCAUCAAACAGUGUCGGCCUCGUAUAUUUCUGAACACAAAACAGAAACUAACUUGUUUUUGUGGAACUGAGGAGUACUGAAGCUUCCAUGGAACACUGGGAAAUCUUGCUGCUGAUGGUUCUCCUUGUUGUAAAAGCACAAUCUCAAGGUACAUGGCUGAGCAUAGACUGCGGAUCACCAAUAAGCUAUCCAGAUCCCGAAGGAGUCUUCUGGCGAGCAGACGAGGGAUUCAUCAAAACCGGCGAAAACAGAGAGGUUAACGUGAUUAGCACCCUGGAUGUUCUGAACUCUCUGAGAGUCUUCAGGCAGCAGAAUAAGAACUGCUACACAUUGCCAACAGGAGACACAACAAGACAUGUCAUCCGGGCUAGUUUUCACUACGGCAACUAUGACUUGCUCGCCAAGCCACCAGCUUUCGACAUAGAGAUUGAUGGGAAUAAAUGGAUCACGGUGGUGAGCUCCCUCGAAGGACCUGUCUAUUAUGAAGUCAUCUACCCGAGCGAGCGCGAUAAUAUCAGCGUGUGCCUGGCUCGAACGAGGGCUGAUGAGUUCCCCUUCAUUUCUUCUUUGGAAGUGUGGCCGCUGCCCAGCAAUCUGUAUUAUGGCAUGAACAGAGACCUGGCCUGGCUCAAGAGCUCCCGGUUAAACUAUGGAGCACAACCACAAGACAAAAUCCUGGGGAUAUAUGGGGGUGACAAAUACAACAGAAUAUGGGAACCAUCAAUUCCUGAUGAUUUGAACCCAGUUUCAGCUGAUACCAUUGUCUACUACUCUAUAGUCAACGAGUCUCCUCCUCUUUUAGCCAUGUUUGAUGCGGUAGAAGCUACAAACCGUACGAAUUCGAUUAGCCUGACUUUCCAGAUUGCAAAACCAAACAGUCAAAAUUACAUCGAAGCUUACUUUACUGAAAUGAGACAACUGGAGGCAGAUGAGAAGAGAUCAUUCCGAGUUUAUGUCAACAAUAAGUCCUUGAUCACAAGUCCAGAGUACCAAAACAUUACUGGAAUAUGGGCUCUUGCACUGGCAUCCGGGGCAUUAACCUUCGAGCUCCAUCCAACGGCCGACUCGACUCUGCCCCCCAUCAUCAGUGCCAUCGAAGUUUACACAGCCAGUGAUCCUCUUGUCCGGUCAGGGACAUCACAGGAUGACUUGGAUGGACUAGCGGUGUUGAUAAGCACGUUCGAGCAGCUAGGAGGGUGGAGCGGCGAGCCAUGUCUCCCUAGUGACACUGUGUGGCAAUGGUUGGGCUGCAAUGGCAGUGAUCCUCCUAGAGUAACUUCACUAUAUCUCUCAGGGUAUGGUUUGCAAGGUGCUCUCCCAGAAUUCAGUCAAAUGCAAUCUCUUGACACCAUUGAUCUAAGCAACAAUAGCCUCACUGGAACAAUCCCAGAGUUUCUGGGUAACCUUCCAAAUCUCCGGCGACUUAAUCUUGCACACAAUGACUUCUCUGGAGAUGUUCCUCAUAGCAUAACCAGCAACAAGAAAAUCAAAUACAGUAUACAUGGAAACCCAAGUCUGCAUCAGAAGAAAGGUAGAAAGACAGCAAUGCUGAUUGGAUUGGCUGUUGGAAUACCUCUCGCAGUAAUACUGAUAGUUGCAGUUCUGGUUUAUCUACUACACCAAAAAGCCCCAAAACCCAACCAAGAACAAGCAACAGCACCAGCUCAACCCGAAGAUAAAAACGAUGAGGAGAAGCAAGGGGAGCAUGCUAACUUGGAGCCUGAGGAUAUUUCAGCAGCUACGAGCCCUGAAACUGUGAAUCGCCCAACAUACCCCAAUCUUCAUUGCAAUAUAGUCCCAUUUGAAUAUGAUUUAACAGAGUCUGCUCUGCCAGACAUGGAUGUGGAAGAGCUUGAAGAGCUAGUUCGGCUCCAAGUGGACGGUGUUCCAGCAAGUGCCAAUCAGCAUAAUGGGCCAAACCAUGAUCAAGAAAAUAUCCCAGGGACCAUGGAUGCUGGAAGUUCAGAUCAUCGAUCUGAGGAAAACAUGCCACCAGGCACACAUGGUGGAACCCCUAAUGAAUUUUCAGGACUACCCGACAUGGACAUGGAAGAACUCGACAAGCUGCUAAUGGAGGGGGGGGUGCGAUUUCAGGACAACUGCCAGAUGAUAAGGUUAGCACAGCUUGAUUGAUCUCAGGUGUACGUGGAACUGGAAAUUUGCAGCAGGAUGUGAGAAAAGAUUGCUCCUAUGGUACUUGUGCUUGCGCUAACAUCCUAAACUCAGUAUCCAGGUCAACCUUAACGUUCUGAUCACAAAAAAUCAGGCUGAUUGAUGGGGAGCAUAUUAAUAGCCAACAUAACUGGGCAAUUUGAGCUCAUCAAUGUUUCUGGGUAAUUGAGCAUACUUGGGAAAUAAGCACAUUCUCUUAAAAUCAACUCAAGGGCAUCAAUAAAGGAAGCAUCACCACAAAU